GCAGUAGCCACCGAUAGCAGUCAUUCCAAUCCAAUUGCAAUUUAAAUAUGAAGGAGAAAAAUUCCAAGAAAAAACCCCGCAAAAAGGCCAAUAAGCCCAAAGAGACCUCGGAAUCCGAUAAAAAGAAGAUCAUCGAGCUGAUGCACGAGUACAACGACCUGAAGGAUGCCACGCAACUGGUCCUGGGAGCCUUGGCGACCCUCAAAGGCGUUUCCAUCCGAUCAGUUUAUGCCUCCUACAACCUGCCCAAUGACGAAUAAACGGGAUUUCUUUUGAGUGUAGUCUUCAUGUACUUGUUGUAAAUAACUUGUGAUACAACCGAGUGCAUGUAAAUGCCUCCUGGUUGGGCAGUUCCUUGAGUCUACCACUAAUAAAUCCACCUAAAACUA